AGCAGGGUUAAUCAAAAACCUCUGUGAGACCUUCCAGCUCCCUACUGGACUAAUUUUGACUCAUUUUGAGUUUUUGGGGCAGAGGGGCUGUGCUUUCCAGCACACCUAGUGUUUUUGGAAACUCGACCCAUUUCUACCCCACCAGAGCCAUGUCUGCAGCGAUGGAUCGCUACUGUGGCUCUACAUUCUGGAACAAUUCCUACCUGGAGCGGCCGGACCCAGACCUGCCUGAGUGUCUGGAGCUGACAGUCCUGGUGUGGGUGCCGCUGAGCUUCCUGUGGGCUGGUGCACCCUGGCAACUCUCUAGGCUCUUCAGGAGAAAAGCCUAUUCACACUUUUCUAAGCUGUACAUCUGCAAACAGGUACUGGUCGCUCUACUCUUCCUAACAGCUAUCGCUGGCCUUGCAGUCACUCUAGGGGAGGAUUAUGGGCCCUCAAGUGACAGUGGCACCAGUGGGACCAACCCUGUGGUUUUCUACACCAACCCUGUACUGUUUGCUGUUUCCUGGGUGCUGGUCAUGCUAUGUCAAGAGAGUGUACGCAAGGCCCAGGCUGUGGACUCUGGGGCACUAUUUAUUUUCUGGGCCCUGCUGGUGGUUUGUGGAAUUUUCCCUUUUCAGACACUACUACGAAAAGUCCUGGACCAGGGGGAAAUUGAACACCUUCCACGGUUCUGUCUGUUCUACAUAUCAUACGGCCUGCAGGUUCUGUCCCUUAUCCUGUCUGGCUUUGCCGAUGUCCCACCGGAAGCUGCUGACUUGGUGAAAAAGAAUCCUGAGGCAGGUGCUCCCUUCCUGAGCAGAAUCACAUUUAACUGGUUCAACAGAAUGGUUCUAAAGGGUUUCAAGCAUCCCCUGAUGCAGGAAGAUUUGUGGGACCUAAACGAGGAGGACACUGCACACAGUAUCCAUGAGAGGUUUGAAAAGCACUUGAAACUUGACCUGGGGAAAGCUAAGACUGCAUUUCUCAAGCGGCAGCUGAAAGCUGGUCACAGGAAUGAACACCAUAUCAAUGGGCUUUCGCAGGGUGUGAGCCAGGAUGUUCUAGUUAUGGAUGAAAUGGGUGACAAAACAAACAAGAAGAACAAAAAAAAAUCCAAAGAUGAGGAAGAAAUGGACUUUCCCCGGUCAUGGCUUGUGAAGUCACUGGCAAAGACCUACAAAUGGCAACUGCUUGAGUCUGCUUUCUUCAAACUGCUGCAAGACCUGUUGGGAUUUGUAAGCCCUCAGCUGCUGAAACUCAUGAUUUCCUUUACUCAGGACAUGUCCAUUCACACCUGGAUGGGUUACAUGUAUGCCAUACUACUAAUGGUGGUGGCCUUCUUCCAGUCAGUGUUCCUUCAACAGUACUUCCAGCGCUGCUUUGUAAUAGGCAUGCAAGUGCGCACGGCCUUGACAACUGCUGUAUACAAAAAGGCCUUGGUGGUGUCUAAUGACACACGAAAACAGUCAACAGUUGGGGAGACUGUCAACCUCAUAUCUGCAGAUGCCCAGCGCUUCAGUGAUGUCACCAACUUCAUCCACCUGCUGUGGUCGUGCCCUUUGCAGAUCAUAUUGGCUAUUUUUUUCCUGUGGCUGGAACUGGGCCCUGCUGUACUGGCAGGUCUAGGUGUCAUGUUGCUCAUGAUACCCAUCAAUGCCCUACUGGCAACAAAAUCCCGUGGCUUCCAGGUGGAAAAUAUGAAGUUCAAAGACAAACGCUUGAAACUAAUGAAUGAGAUAUUGAAUGGGAUUAAGGUUAUAAAGCUUUAUGCCUGGGAGUCAUCAUUUGCAGCCCAGAUUCAGGGCAUUAGAGAAAAGGAGUUAAAAGUGAUGCACAAGUUUGCAUACCUGUCCUCUGUCUCCCUGUUCAUUUUUUCUUGUGCACCAGCUCUUGUUUCAUUGGCCACCUUUGCUGUAUUUGUGUCAGCCAGCAAUGAAAACAAUUUGGAUGCUGAGAAGGCCUUCACAUCCAUCUCCCUGUUCAACAUCCUGCGCUUCCCCUUAGCCAUGCUGCCCCAGCUGAUCUCAGCCCUUGUGCAGACAACUGUGUCAAACAAACGUUUGGAGAAGUUCCUAGGAGGAGAUGAACUGGAUUCCACUACAGUGCGUCAUGACAGCAACAUAGAUACUGCUGUGAGUGUGUGCGCUGCCACGCUAGCCUGGGAGAAGGAUGCUGAGCCUGUCCUGAAGAACGUGUCCCUGGACAUCAAGCCUGGGAGUUUGGUGGCUGUGGUGGGAGCGGUGGGCUCUGGGAAAUCGUCACUGAUAUCGGCUUUACUGGGAGAGAUGCACAACCUCAAGGGCUACAUCAACAUCCAGGGUUCCCUAGCCUAUGUGCCUCAGCAGGCAUGGAUCCAGAAUGCCACACUGAAAGAUAACAUCCUUUUUGGAUCCCAGCUGGAAGAAAAGAGGUAUCAGAUGGUGCUAAAUGCCUGUGCUUUGCGGGCUGACCUGGAGCUGCUGCCUGGUGGGGACAUGACAGAGAUUGGAGAGAAGGGCAUCAACCUCAGUGGAGGACAGAAACAGAGAGUGAGCUUGGCAAGAGCGACCUACAGCUCGGCAGACAUCUACCUGCUGGAUGACCCCCUAUCUGCCGUUGACCCCCAUGUGGGGAAGCACCUCUUUGACAAAGUUGUAGGCCCCCACGGGCUGCUCAAGAACAAGACUCGUGUUCUAGUGACCCAUGGAGUGAAUUUCCUGCCAUAUGUGGAUGAGAUUGUGGUGCUGACAGAUGGCAAGGUCUCAGAGGUGGGAUCCUACCAGAGCCUGCAGAACAGUGGGGGAGCCUUUUCUGAAUUCCUGAAUACAUAUGCCAAGGAGGAGAGCAGCAAAGCUGAGCUAGAUACAGUGUUGAGUGAAGAGGUCUUGGACACUCUUUCCGACUCUGGUGACUUGGAGGCUGACUCCCCACCAGAGGAUGUGGUCUCCCUGACAGUGAGACGGGAGAGCAUCUUAUGGCGUAGCCAGCAUGGCAGCAUUAUGUCCAAGAAGAACAGCUUGGCCAUUAAACCUCAGAGUCUACUUAAUGUCAAGGCAGGCCAGAGGCUCAUAGAGAAAGAGGCCAUGGAAACUGGACAGGUGAAGUUCUCAGUGUACAUGCAGUACCUACGGUCAGUUGGCUGGGGCUACUUCAUCUCUAUUUUCCUGGCCUACUUCAUCCAGAAUGUGGCUUUCAUUGGUCAGAAUUUGUGGCUGAGUGACUGGACCAAUGACUCUAUUAAGUAUUUUAACACUACCUACCCACCAUCAGUGCAGGACAUGAGAGUGGGUGUCUUUGGAGGCCUCGGGCUGGCACAAGGUUUGCUGAUGUUUGUGGGAACCCUGCUGAUGGCGAAUGGCUCCAUCUCAGCAUCACGCAUCUUGCAUUCUCGCUUGCUGGACAAUGUGCUCCGUGUGCCAAUGGUCUUCUUUGAUACCACACCAUCAGGCCGCAUUCUCAACCGCUUCGCUAAGGACAUCUUCACAGUGGAUGAGGCCAUCCCAAUGUCAAUUCGCUCCUGGCUGCUUUGUUUCUUGGGGGUGAUUGGCACCCUGUUUAUCAUCUGUCUGGCCACACCCUUGUUUGUUGCCGUUGUCAUACCCUUGGCAGUGGUUUACUACUUUGUGCAGCGCUUCUACCUAGCCACUUCCAGGCAACUACGACGACUUGACUCCGUGUCCCGCUCACCCAUCUAUUCCCACUUUGGAGAAACAGUGACAGGUCUGUCUGUCAUCAGGGCAUAUGGGCACCAGGAGCGCUUCCUGCGACACAAUGAGGCCACCAUUAAUGAAAACCUCAAGAGCUUCUAUCCCUGGAUUGUCUCCAACCGAUGGCUGGCAAUGCGACUGGAGUUCCUGGGCAACCUUGUGGUGUUUUUCGCCGCUCUUUUUGCUGUGUUGUCACGGGAAUCCUUGGAAAGUGGAAUGGUGGGACUUUCCAUCUCAUAUGCCCUCAAUGUAACACAGACGCUGAACUGGCUGGUGAGAAUGAAUGCUGAGUUGGAAACCAACAUUGUUGCAGUGGAACGAGUAAACGAAUACACAAAGAUUGAAAAUGAGGCACCGUGGAUCACGGACACCCAUCCUGCAGACUCAUGGCCUGAUUCUGGAAAGAUCUGCUUUGAGAACUUCAAACUGCGGUACCGACCUGAGCUGGACCUGGUUCUGCGAGGGAUCACUUGUGACAUCGGUAGCAUGGAAAAGAUUGGCAUCGUAGGCAGAACUGGCGCUGGAAAGUCCAGUCUCACCAAUUGCCUGUUCCGCAUUAUUGAGGCUGCAGAGGGAUGUAUUUUCAUUGAUGGUGUAGACAUUGCCACUUUGGGGCUACAUGACCUGCGGAACAGACUGACCAUCAUCCCACAGGACCCUGUCCUUUUCUCAGGAACACUGAGGAUGAACCUGGACCCCUUUGAGAAAGUCAGUGAUGAGGAACUUUGGCAGGUGCUGGAACUGUCCCACUUGAAAGACUUUGUGACAGAGUUGCAUGAAGGCCUAUAUCAUGAAAUCACAGAAGGGGGAGAAAACCUAAGUGUUGGCCAGAGACAGCUCCUGUGCCUAGCCAGAGCACUCCUGAGAAAGUCUCGUAUUCUGAUCCUGGAUGAGGCCACUGCUGCUGUGGACCUGGAGACAGACGACCUCAUUCAGUCCACCAUCCGGAAACAAUUCUCCCAUUGUACUGUGCUCACCAUUGCCCACCGACUGCACACAAUCCUGGACAGCUCACGGGUGAUGGUGCUCGAUGCUGGAAGGAUAGUGGAGUUUGACUCACCCUCUGCCCUGUUGCAAAAGCAGGGACAUUUCUGUGCCAUGGCAAAGGAUGCUGGGAUCAGUUCAGUGGACAGCACUGCCCUGUAAGGGUUCAACUGGGUGGCUUCUGACUGCCUGAGUUCUGUUAAGCAUAGAGGGAUCCAUAAUCAGCUGGGCAGACAUUUGUUAACGUAAGCUUGUCUUGAGCUACAUAAGCCAGCUACAUCCCAUAUCUGGGAUUCCAUCCUACUUUUAUUUAAUAGGUAGAAAAGUCUUUGGCAAUUAGUGAAAUUUGUGCAUUUACUUUUACAGUUCAUGUGACGUAGUUUUAAAAACUUACUCCAAACCAAGUAUUUAAAUUGUAUAACACAUUAAAUAGAAAAUGCCAGGCACUGGACCCUAGAAAAAUACUAAAAAGCUUUGAAUCUGCUUUGAGACACUUUUAUCUGGGUAACUUGUUUUUAAUGCACAUUUUCAUUGUAUUUAUAUGUAUAUCAUUUUUUUCAAUAAGCAAAAGAUUAUUGAAGCAACCUGGAAAGUUUAACAUAAGCAUGAUGCUACAGAUAUAGGGAUUCCAAAAUAAAGCACUUUCACACAUUUUAAGUCAUUAAAACAUUUUUCUAUACCUUUUGUUUAUACCCUGUACUAGUAUUACUGGUAAAUACUAUUCCUGGAUGUUGCUCUGUAUUUUGGUGACAUUUCUAUCACUCCAAUAGCAAUUGAGCAAAUAUGGAGAAAUUAAGCAUGUUUGUAUUGGGCCUUAUUUUAUUUAAAAUUCUGAAUUUCAAAGAACUCAUGUGGAGCAAUGCUAAUUGAAAUUCUUGUGUGUGGUGGUGCUCCACCAAGGGCCUUCAUAGGUAUCCAUGAGCUGGAUAAUUUCUAAC